AUGGAGAACUCCUCCCGCCCCGACACCAAUUCCUCAUGUGCAGACUGCACCGGGAGAGGGGAUGGGGGUCUGAAUAUGUCCGCUCCCCUACUGAGCCCCAGCUUCUACGUCACGGUGCCUGUUAUCUACUCAGUCAUCUGUGCCGUGGGGCUGACAGGCAACACCGCCGUCAUCUAUGUAAUCCUCAAAGCCCCGAAGAUGAAAACGGUCACCAACAUCUUCAUCCUCAACCUGGCCAUUGCUGACGAGCUCUUUACCUUGGUGCUACCCAUCAACAUUGCUGACUACCUGCUCCUGCAGUGGCCCUUUGGAGAGUUCAUGUGCAAGCUCAUCAUCUCUAUAGACCAGUACAACACCUUCUCCAGCAUCUACUUCCUCACCGUCAUGAGCAUUGACCGCUACCUGGUUGUGGUGGCCACCACCAAGUCCAGGAAGAUGUCCUACCGCACCUACCGUGCAGCCAAGAUUGUGAGCCUCUGUGUCUGGUCCUUUGUCACUGUCAUCAUCCUGCCCUUCACUGUCUUUGCUAAGAUACACAAGGAGCAGGGGCGCUCCCAGUGCGUCUUUGUGUUCCCCCACCCUGAGAGCAUGUGGUGGAAAGGCAGUCGGAUCUAUACCCUUAUUUUAGGCUUUGCCAUCCCAGUGUCCACCAUCUGCAUCCUCUACACCACCAUGCUGUGCAAAUUGAGACGCGUGCACCUCCACUGCAAUGCAAAAGCCCUGGACAAAGCCAAAAAAAAGGUGACGCUGAUGGUGGUUGUCAUCCUGGCUGCGUGCCUGUUCUGCUGGACGCCCUAUCACCUUAGCACAGUGGUGGCCCUCACCACAGACAUCCCACAAACUCCACUCAUCAUUGGGAUUUCCUACUUCAUCACUAGCUUGAGUUACGCCAACAGCUGCUUCAACCCUUUCCUGUAUGCCUUUCUGGAUGACAGUUUCCGGAGGAGCUUUCGCAAACUGAUAGAUUGCAGAACCACCUCCUAA